CGCGUAGUUUGCCCUUGCUAGCUCGACUAAAGGCUGGAACGUAACCAGAUGGAAUUCUGCACUCCCUUCCUAACAGAUUCCUCACAUUUUAAAUUGUUUCGCACACUUUUUAGCAGGCGGCCAAGCGGACUAACAGCCCUGGCGUGACAAGUGAAGUUGAUUUGGGCGGCUGUGAAGCGGGACAGUAGCGUAUUAGACGCUCAACGAUUCAGAUUCCUCUCACUGACUUGAGGUGUGUGUACGCACAUCAUGCCGCUGUUUGGUAAAUCCCACAAGACUCCGGUGGAGAUUGUCAAGACCCUCAAGGAGAACUUGGCGGUGCUUGUUAAACAGGAGAAGAAGACUGAAAAGGCAUCUGAGGAGGUCUCAAAGUGUCUAGUGUCCAUGAAGGAGAUUCUAUAUGGGAGCAAUGAUAAGGAACCGCACACGGAGACGGUGGCCCAAUUGGCCCAGGAGCUCUACAACAGCGGCCUGUUGAUCACACUGGUGGAGAACCUGCAGGUUAUUGAUUUUGAGGGCAAGAAGGAUGUGUGUCAGAUCUUUAACAACAUCUUGAGGAGGCAAAUCGGAACCAGGAGCCCCACUGUAGAGUACUUUUGUUCCCAUCAAGAGGUUCUAUUCAUCCUGUUAAACGGGUAUGAGGCACCCCUAGUGGCACUCAACUGUGGGAUCAUGCUGAGGGAGUGCAUCCGUCACGAGCCGCUUGCCAAGGUUGUUCUGUAUUCAGAUCAUUUCCACAAUUUCUUCACCUAUGUUGAAAUGUCCACCUUCGACAUCGCCUCGGAUGCCUUUGCCACAUUCAAGGAUCUCCUGACGAGGCACAAAGUGCUAGUAGCAGAGUAUCUUGAACAAAACUAUGAUGCGGUAUUUACAGACUACGAGAAGCUUCUGCACUCUGAGAACUACGUCACCAAGAGGCAGUCGCUCAAGCUUUUAGGCGAACUACUUCUGGACCGACACAACUUCACAGUGAUGACACGCUACAUCAGCAAGCCAGAGAAUCUCAAAAUGAUGAUGAACCUGCUAAGGGACAAGAGUGCCAACAUCCAGUUUGAGGCCUUCCAUGUCUUCAAGGUGUUUGUGGCCAACCCCAACAAGACGCAGCCAAUUAUCGACAUCCUCCUCAAGAAUCAGACCAAAUUGAUCGACUUCCUGAGCAACUUCCACAAGGACCGCACGGACGACGAGCAGUUCAACGAUGAGAAAACUUAUCUAAUCAAACAGAUCCGGGAUCUAAAGAAACCAGCAGAGAAUUCUGCCACUCCGUCCUCUAAUUCAACUCUGUACCAAUAGGAACCUGUAGAGAAAAAAAAAACUAUUUAAAAAGAAAAAAAAGUAUUUUCUCUUUUGCUUCACAAAAAUGUGUGCAAGAAUAGUUCUCAAUCACUCAUCUUUUAUCAUUUUUUUAAAUCAAUAUGUAGCAGUGCCAUGACUCAUUUGGUUGGUAGCGUCUGAUUGGCUGAGUGGGCAUCGUUAGCUUUAAUUAUCUGCAGUCGAUGGCACUGAAAUAUGAUCAUCGUCACAGUCAACACUCCCAGUUUAAAAAAAACGACCUAUAUUGCUGUCAAUGGCAGUGAGUGACUAAAAAUGCUGCUCAUAGGCCUGCAGUUGCUGACUCAUGAAUCAACAUAUUUUAAAUUCACCAAAUACUCUACGAAUGAUAUAGCUUUGCAACAUUAGUGACCGCUGAAGACUUAAACUUGGUCAAAUAAACACUAAUUAAACAAAAUGCACAGAAGAGCUUUAAAAAGCAUCAUCCUCAACGCACAACAAAUAUUGCCAACUGUGAUGACUCUUGAUUUCCAGAUAAAAGGCCUUUUAAUUGGGCUAUCACUAUUUUCCUGGCACCUCAUAGCACUUUCAAUAUUUUAAAUAAUCGUUUAAAAAGUAAAAAAAAAAAAAACUGGGCUAAUCACUGUAUUAAUGCUGUUCUGUGUUCUUUUAUACAAGACAGUGAUAGCUGUCCUUCCUGUUUUGGUCUGAUUCAGAUGUUGAGUGGAAAUUCAGAAGUGCCAUUUUAGUUUGCAGUGUGUUGGUUUUUGUUCCAUCUUUCAAUAGGCGCUUAGUUUUCAAAGCAAUCUGCUUUGAAGUGAAUAUUUGAUGAGAUUUAUUGAACACUUGCAAAAAAAAAAAACAGCUAUAAAUUUAAGGUCACUAUAUGAAUUACACAGUCAGUAGAAAAGCCGCAUGGAAAGCAAAGUGUGCACAAUCCUGAAGUAAUUGCAGAAAUUGCAACACAACAACUUUAAUGGAAUUCGUUUAUUUCUCAGUGGAAAUUUCGCCAAGUCUUGUCCACAUUCUGGAAAGCAAGCUGUGCGAUUAAUCUCGAACAAAAAGCAGCUUCAUUGUGUAUUAUACUGAAAAUAAAAUGAUGAAAAUGCUGCAA